UGCCCGGGCCGGCCGGUCGGUCGGCUCAGCUGUGUGUGUAUCUUUCUGAGUUUGGUGCCGGAGCGAGCGGGGAAAACAGCGGCUGCUGCUGCGAGUUCGGCUUGGCAGGAGCCAUGGCAGCUGCCUUAGGCGUCGCCAGGGCUCAGCGAGCGCGCCGGUGUCUGCUGCUGCAGCUGCCUGGGGCCUUCCGAGCUCCGCUUGGCCGAGGCUGCCGCUCUGGGGUGCCGGCGCGGCAGCAGCAGGCGCUCGCGGUGCCUUCAGCCUCUGCGGAGGAAAUUACAAGUGCAAGAAGAAAAGGAUUCCUAGCUGAACACGCUGCCCCAUUCUCUGCAUUCUUGACGGAUGGCUUUGGUCGCCAGCAUAACUACUUAAGGAUCUCCUUGACUGAGAAAUGCAACCUCAGGUGUCAGUACUGUAUGCCAGAGGAGGGAGUUCAGCUCACUCCAAAAUCUGAACUGCUGAGCACCCAGGAGAUAAUCACCCUCGCUAGGCUCUUUGUGAAGGAAGGUGUGGACAAGAUCCGAUUGACUGGAGGAGAGCCUCUCAUUCGGCCUGAUGUGAUUGACAUCAUAGCUCAGAUGCACAAACUAGAAGGGUUGCAAACCAUUGCUGUCACGACCAAUGGUAUUAACUUGGCCAGAUUGUUGCCCCGGUUAAAGGAGGCCGGCCUGAAUGCCAUUAACAUCAGUUUGGACACCUUGGUCCCAGCAAAAUUUGAAUUCAUUGUCCGUCGAAAAGGUUUCCAUAAGGUAAUGGAAGGGAUCCAAAAAGCCCUUGAACUUGGGUAUGAUCCUGUUAAGGUGAACUGUGUAGUUAUGAGAGGUCUUAAUGAAGAUGAGCUGGUAGAUUUCGUGGCUCUGACCGAGAAGCAGCCCCUGGAUGUGCGCUUCAUAGAAUACAUGCCUUUUGAUGGCAACAAGUGGAACUUCAGGAAAAUGGUGAGCUAUAAGGAGAUGCUCGAUACGAUCAAGCAGAGAUGGCCAGAGCUGGAAAAAUUGCCUUGUGAAGAAGCCUCUAGCACUGCUAAGGCAUAUAAGGUGCCGCAUUUUCAGGGACAAGUCAGCUUCAUCACCUCAAUGUCUGAACACUUCUGUGGAUCCUGUAAUCGACUGAGGAUUACAGCUGAUGGAAACUUGAAGGUGUGCCUUUUUGGAAAUGCAGAAGUGUCCUUGCGAGAUCACUUACGAUCUAAUGCCUCAGAAGAAGAAUUGGUUCAAAUCAUUGGGGCAGCUGUUGGCAGGAAAAAGAAACAACAUGCAGGCAUGUUCAACAUUUCCCAGAUGAAGAACAGACCAAUGAUCCUCAUUGAGGCAGCAUCAUGGUCGUUCCCACUGCUCCAAGAUGCCCUGCAGGACCGAGCUUGUUUAAAUGACGGGAGCCACAGAACUGGCCACUGGCUGACUCCAAGAGCAAGUUUAUCCAAACAGAUGGGGAAGACAUUCCAGAAAAAUGUCUUUAUAGGACAUCAUACUUUGCCAGGAACUUGUUCAACAGGACAGCUUGCAGCAGGAAUUCUGCAAGCUCAGCUCCGCAGCCAUUGCAUUUGCCAAAAGAACUUGAGCUCAACUUUGGCAGCAAAGUGCCUUAGGACAGGAACUUCUCUCCCUCAGCAGGCUUUUCACAUGAUUAGAGGCAUUCACACUGGGGUGACCAGGAGCGAAGCAGAGGAGAAGAACCAGGGACCUCUUCCCAGCGGCCAAUUUCUUAGUGCCUCAGAUCGUCUAACCCACAUUGACCAGGAGGGCCGUGCCUCCAUGGUGGAUGUGGGCAGGAAGCUGGAUUCUGAACGGACUGCAGUGGCCAGUGCUGUGGUCCGUCUGGGCGAGAAAGCAUUUGCCUUGGUGCAACAGAACCAAAUGAAAAAGGGGAAUGUGCUAGCAGUUGCCCAGAUAGCCGGGAUUCAGGGAGCCAAGCUGACCAGCCAGUUGAUUCCACUGUGCCACAACAUCCCACUGAGUCUGGUGGACAUCUGCCUGAGUCUAGAUGAGAGGAGGCAUGCAGUGGUGAUUCAGGCUCUGUGCCGCACCUAUGGGAAAACCGGUGUGGAAAUGGAAGCCUUAACCGCUGCCAGCCUAGCUGCCUUGACCAUCUAUGAUAUGUGCAAAGCAGUUACUCACGACAUGGUCAUUGAGGAGGUGAAACUGCUCAGCAAGAAAGGAGGGCAAAGAGGAGACUUCCAGAGAGGCUAACAUAGGUCUAAAGUUUCCGAACCAAGGCAUCACUUGCCGGUCAUCAAAGGCAGCACCAUCACAUACUAGGAAGUGGAGAUCUAGCUGCCGGGAAUUACAAAGCACAACUUGAGUUAUUGAUCAUCUUGGCAGCUGUUUUAAAUGACUUGACUUUCCUGUAUGAAACAGACAUGGUUCAUCUCAUUUGCCUGCCUAUGUAGUAAAUGGGCUCCCUGGCAGUAGUGUUGAAGUUCUCAUCUUCCUAGGGUUUCUUUGGCUUCCUGAAGUGUAGCUGUACUGAGCACCUUAACUAUUCUCAGUGUACAAGGCUACAGUCCCUGCUAUUCAUGGCUGUCCAUCUUUUGGCACCUGCACUAAAAACUUAUGCAUAAUAAGAUUUCCACUGAUGUAGAAUAAUAUGAUCCAGAACUAGGAAUUCAGGCAGAGACAAAAAAAAAGUGAUUAGAAUUUUCAAGCAAGUGAACAAUGAUUUUUAAUACUUGGGCCUAACACUGGAAAAUAUAUACUAUUUUUUACCACUUCGGCCAAAUAACACUUCGGUACGGUGAGAAUAAGCUACAUUUCAUCCUUGAAAAUGGAAAACAGGUGUUUGUCAACUGAGAAAACUGAUGCUAAAUACUCAAAUUAGUCCCAGUAAUGCUGUGAGACUCUUGCUUCCAGUGGUGUUGAAUGUUAAUGGGGCAUUUUAAUUCUCGCAACAGAAUUGUGCUGAACACGGCUACCAUUUAUCUUCCAAUCGUUAAAUGUUCUGGAAAUAGCUCUCCCUUCAUCAAAAUUAUUAUUUUUUAAAGCUAUAGGCUUGUUUCUUUUCUGCAAGAUACUGGAAGGAAUACAGUUUUGGGAUACACCCUCCUUUGUGCCAAAUCCAGUCACUGGGCUACAUUUCUGUCACCACUCCGAAACAUUUCCAUCCUGUUUC